AAUGUAAGAAAUUUAGUAUUUUCUGUUGGUAGUAGUUGGUUCUAUUUUUAAUAAUUGUCUUCUCCAUAAUUCUAAGAUUUGAUAUUAUUCUCAAAAAUGGCAAAAAAGACGUACGAUUUAUUGUUCAAACUCCUUUUAAUUGGCGAUUCAGGAGUAGGCAAAACUUGUAUAUUAUUUAGAUUUUCUGAUGAUGCAUUUACCACAACUUUUAUAUCAACUAUAGGUAUAGAUUUCAAAAUAAAAACAGUAGAGCUGAGAGGCAAAAAAAUCAAACUCCAGAUAUGGGAUACUGCAGGACAAGAGAGGUUCCACACUAUCACUACUUCCUACUACAGAGGAGCCAUGGGUAUAAUGUUAGUGUAUGAUAUUACAAAUGAAAAAAGUUUUGAGAAUAUAGUGAAAUGGUUGAGGAAUAUAGAUGAGCAUGCUAAUGAGGAUGUGGAGAAAAUGAUACUAGGUAACAAAUGUGAUAUGACGGACAAAAGGACAGUCAGCAAAGAGAGAGGUGAAACGAUUGCUCGCGAACAUAGCAUUAGAUUCAUGGAAACCUCAGCAAAGGCAAACAUCAACAUAGAGCGAGCAUUUAGCGACCUCGCAGAAGCAAUUUUGGACAAAACCGCUGGAAGGGAACCAGGAGACCCUGUGGAUAGGGUGAUGGUUGAUAGAAGACAACAGGCUACAACUUCGAAGUCAUGUUGUAAUUAAUUAGUUGCAAUAUUUUUAAAAAUUAUAAUCUAGGUAUAUGCAUGUGAACUGAUUUCUAUAAGAGAUGCUCAUAAGUCAAGCUAAAAAUAUUUUUUACUGUGCUGAGAAAAUAACGAGAAUAUUAUGAGGAUAAGUUCCAGUAAUUGUUUUUGCUUUGUCUUUGCACUCAAGAUGUUCUACCUGAUGUCGAUUUAUUUAUCAACGAGUCAUUUCAUUUAAUAUAUGUUGAAAUGAAGA